GCAAGGGUUGUUUGCAUUGUACUAACACGGAAAUCCAGUUUUCGUGAGACAGCGAGUGGAGCAGAGCAAAGUUUUCCAGAUCUUCGGGUCUCUCUGAAUCUAACACCCAAUAGGUUCGAAUGGCAUCCAACAGGAGUCAAGGUGGAAUUCAACAGCUGUUGGCUGCUGAACAAGAAGCUCAACGGAUUGUAAAUGCUGCGAAAAAUGAAAAAUUGAAUAGGCUGAAACAGGCCAAAGAAGAGGCUGAAAAGGAAAUUGCUGAAUAUAGAGCUCAGUUGGAGUACGAGUUCCAAAAGAAAGUGUCAGAUAGUAGUGGAGAUUCUGGUGCUAAUGUCAAGCGACUUGAGCAGGAGACUGAUGCAAAGAUCCAUCACCUGAAAACUGAGGCUGCGAGAAUAUCGGAGGAUGUUGUUGCCAUGCUCCUCAAGUAUGUAACAAGUGUGAAGAAUUAGAUACCUUGAUUUAUUGGUGCAGCGAACUCUUUAAGUUAUGCUGAAUAUUAUGUUGUGUUUAUUGUUGACUCUAGAUUCUGGUGCGGAUAAGUUUCGUGCUUUGGUUAUAAUACUUGGUACCUUGCUGCCUUGUAUUCAAAAUAAUUUCAAGCUUGUUAAAAUAAACAGUUUAGAAUUUAUAGACAUGCCUAUAUGUAGCAUCGAUUCAAUAGAGGUGUAUGAGAAUCACUGUCAGAGUAUAUCGGGUAAAGCCGGAAUGAAUGGUUUA